AUGCUUCUCAGCUUCCUUCUCGCUCUUCUCGCUGUCGUGCAGUUGUCUUUUGGCUCUUCACUGCCUGGCCAUCGCCAUCAUCGCCACCAUGGCCGGGCCUCUGUCGCCAGACGAGACGAUCUGAAUACCCACCUGCCGGACAGCUUCAGUGGUAUUCCCAUCCAAACGUGGACCACCCACACAUGGACCACCCAAACGAUCACCCUGCCAUCCCCAGACUCGGCGGGCUCAACGAUAACCAGUGCCGUCGAAACAGUCUGGACCGUUGUCGACUCGCCCGCAAGCCCCAACUCCACGCUUCUAGCGUUUUACCAUGCCGAGCCUUCACAGGCCGCAAACCAGGCGCCAGGUCUGGUCCCAACCUCAACCACGGCGACAGACAGCAUCCCCGUUCCAGCUCCCUUGAUGCCUACUAGUACCAGCUUUUUCAGCAUCCCGAUCCCGAGCCCACCCCCACCCCCAGCUCAGACCACGAACACGAACGCUGCCGCCGCGCUAAGCCCACCACCAUACCUCCCCACGAGCUCCAGCUCCAGCACCGACCGUAUCCUACGAACCAGCCCAGUGCAAGAAAUCCCCCCAACCUCGUCCCUAUCCCCAACCUCGUCCCUAUCCCCAACCUCGUCCCCAUCCACAUCCCCGCCCCCUCCGCCUCCCCUAUCCUCCUCGUCUACAGCGCAACCGCCACUCGCACUCCCCGCGCCACUGACGAACAACAUGAUCAACGGCGUCCCGCUCUUCUGCCCGGCAUCCAACAACACGGUCACGUCCUUCAACGGGUCCACCUUUACGCUGACCUGCGGCGCCGGCUCCUCGCCCACCUCUGGGAGUGAGAACGACAGCGAGGCGGCCGGCUGGCUGCGCGCCAUCUCGCUGACCGACUGCAUCGACCUGUGCAGCCGGCUGGCGUGGUGCGGCGCGUUCGUGCACCUGCAGAACAGCACGUGUCUGUUCGAGACGCGGUCUGCAGUCACGAAUGCGCCGCCGCCGCUGCUGCUGCUGGAUGGUGCUUGGGCUGGCGUCAGGGGUUGA